AUGGAGAAUCGAAUCGGCACCUCUCUGACCCUCCUAUGUCCAAACCCUACUCACAACAACCCUAUGCAAGACUUCAAUUCCCUUUUCAACCACCUCAACACCACCCUCUUGAUCACCCCCAAUCGGCAGUCCACAAACCCUAACCAACUCAUUCCCAAAACAGAGCAAAACACCAAAAACCUCUCCAAUGUCGCACCCAAACUCAAAUUCUCCUCCACUUCCAUCUCUUUUGAGUCCCAAGUGAAAAAACCAGAAAAAACCAUAUCACAAAAUUGGCUAAAACCGGCCACCAGAGACUCCCCCAAGGUCUCUGCUCUGUUCAAGAACCUCUCUGUUUUCGAAAGAGCUCUCAUUGGUGCCGCUGCUGGCGGUAUCGCUGGUGCAUUCACUUAUGUGUGUCUUCACCCGCUCGAUACCAUCAAAACUAAGCUACAAACCAAAGGGGCGUCAGAACUUUACAAUGGUUCUGUUGAUGCCAUUGUCAAGACCUUUCAAAAUAAGGGAAUUCUUGGGUUCUAUAGUGGUGUCUCAGCUGUGAUUGUUGGGUCUACUGCUUCUUCUGCUGUGUAUUUUGGGACUUGUGAGUUUGGAAAGUCCAUUUUAUCGAAAUUGCCUGAAUACCCAUCUGUGUUAAUCCCUCCCACUGCUGGUGCAAUGGGGAAUAUUGUGUCUUCUGCGAUAAUGGUGCCGAAAGAGUUGAUCACACAGAGAAUGCAGUCUGGUGCAAAGGGAAGGUCUUGGGAGGUUUUGUUGAGAAUUUUGGAGAAAGAUGGUAUUAUGGGUUUGUAUGCGGGGUAUUCAGCUACAUUGCUUAGGAAUUUACCUGCUGGCGUGUUGAGUUAUUCUUCUUUUGAGUACUUGAAAGCUGCUGUGUUGAGUAGGACAAAGCAGGUUCAUUUGGAGCCAUUUCAGAGUGUAUGUUGUGGGGCAUUGGCGGGCGCAAUUUCAGCCUCUUUGACAACGCCAUUGGACGUGGUUAAGACUAGACUGAUGACUCAGGCUCAUGUCGAGCCUAUGAACAAAGUUGCUGCUGCAAUGUACAGUGGGGUUUCAGCUACCGUGAAACAAAUUUUGAAGGAAGAAGGGUGGGUGGGAUUCACCUGUGGAAUGGGGCCUAGAGUUCUUCAUAGUGCUUGCUUUUCAGCUUUGGGGUACUUUGCAUUUGAGACGGCUAGGCUUACAAUUUUGAAUAAGUAUCUCAAGCAUAAGGAACUUCAGAAUAUGUCGGUUGCUCCCAUUGUCUCGGAAGAUUAA